AUGGCCAAACGCAAUUCAAGGAGCAGCACGAUCGACUUGGCCUUCUCGAACAUACCCGAAGCGUCUGCCACGGUGGAAGUGCACCUCACGACAGGAUCCCUCCACUACACCAUCGGAAUCGAGAUUCCAAACCGAGAACAGGCCCAGGUCACGCCAGGAAAAGUCAGAGUGGCCAUGCCAGACGAGAUCAAAGCCUUUGGAGAUCAUGUAGGUAAAGCAGUGAAGUCACUGCCUACCGACAUAGACUCGCACGCCCAGAUCGAGGAUAUGGCCAGGCAGCUCCAAGAGAUCCUCCAGAGCUCUGCCAUGGCAUGUGGUAGGGUAAGCCGCGGUCGCCGCGCCCGAAGCUGCCCAUGGUGGAAUCAGGAGUGCAAAGACGCAUACGACGACCUGCGGGUCACACGACGCAUCUACGAGAACCAAAGAGGAGAGGAAGUGCAACGGGCCAGAGUAAGGUUCUACCGCGUCCUCCGACGUGCACGGCAAAACUUCUGGCGCAACACUAUAAACGAAGUCACCACAGCGGAAGGCGUAUAUAAACUCACCAGGUGGAUGAAGCCGAGACAACAACUCCAGCCCCCGCCGAUCCAGGUGGGCGACACGACCUACUCUACCGAUAUGGAGAAAGCCAUGGCGCUACGCAAGGAGAAGCUGGAACGUCGCGACGCAGCAGAUGACAUCCCCGACGCAUGGGAGCCAACUGUCAGCCCUGCCAAGGAGAUCCCCUUCGCAAAAACAAUCUCGACCAAGGAGAUCGAGAAAGCUGUCCUACACACCGGAAACACAACCCCCGGUUCAGACGGUAUCACGACCAAGAUGCUGCGAGCAGCCUGGCCGCACAUUGCCCGACCACUCACGACACUGUACAAUGCCUGCCUACAACUCGGUCAUCACCCCAGCGUCUUCAAGACUGCCGAAGUCGUCAUGAUCCCGAAGCCGAACUAG